CAUGCACGUAAUUGAGCUCUUGAAGCCUAUAUAUAAAGAGCCUAACCCAACUCAAAUUUCAAUCCAUCACACUACAAAAACCACAAAUAUAAUCAUAAAAUAUCAUUUUUGUUUUAAGAAGUUUGAAAAAUGUCUCAUUUGCAAAACCAAUAUGGGGCUACUACAGUAACACCCCAAACUGAUGAGUAUGGGAACCCAAUUCAACAUAGCACUACUACAACAGGUGGCCAUAUGAGUGGAGGCCAUGGUGGGGCCUACGAUACUACUGGUGGUCCUACCGGAGUUGGUUACGGUACCACUGGUGGUACUGGCACUGGCACUUUUGAUACUGGUCUUGGCGGACACCAGCAACAGAGGCUUCAUCGAUCUGGAAGCUCUGGCUCCAGUUCUUCUGAGGAUGAUGGGCAAGGUGGAAGAAGAAAGAAGGGACUGAAACAAAAGAUAAAGGAGAAGCUGCCAGGUCAUCAUGAUGAUCAAGGUCAGCAGGGUCAUGUUGGUCAAACUUAUGGAACUUCAACAACUACAGCUCCCGGUGUUUAUGAUGAGACUGAGCACCAUGAGAAGAAGGGAAUUAUGGAAAAGAUCAAGGAAAAGCUACCUGGUGGUGGUGGUGGACACCAUGAAUAAUAAAUAUGAACAAAAUACUAGUACUUCAACAUCUUAUAUAUAUAUUUAUAUAUAUAAAGUGUGUUUGUUUGAGUUAUUAAUAAUGAUGAUCAUGAUCGGUGUGUGAGUGAUGAGUGUGUAUGCAUAUAUGUAUGUAUAUGUAUAUGUAUUGCUUAUUCGAUCGUCUGUUGUAUUACCCAGCUGUAAUAAUAAUAUAUAUGUUGUGCUUUUAUUAUUAUUACGUUUGAUCAGUAUUAAUAUAUAUACAACUGAUUUCGUGAA